UUUUGACCCGCGGCUGCGCCGUAUCAUUACACACAGUGACGCCGCCCACUUGGACUGUCCAGGAGUACAAAAGGAGCAUUCGUCAGUGUUUCCUCAGAAUAUCACACCCGUUUAUUGCAAAAGUUUAAUCUGCGUGUUUCUGCGAAUAACCCGGACGUCCUCUUGUUUUAUUCCGAAGUUUUCACCAUGGUGAAUAGGAGAUUAGAUGUCACUUCACUUUGCCAGAUUGGGCUCGAUUUCUAUGAGUUUUUGAAGGAAUCUGAACGAGCAUCCAUCACAGAGAGACUUGAACUGAGGGCAAUUUACGACAGUGAGUUCAGGCGCAGGUAAGUUCAUUUACUUCUAACAUUGCUGGAAACGUCUUUGAAUGAUAGAUUUACAGUGUUUUCAUUUCAAUGAAUGUGUCUUUCAACAAGGAUACCGGGGACCAGAGAUCCAAACUUUGGUUCGGUUCUUCAUGCUCUGAAAGUGUCGCACAAAAUAACAAGAAGGAGAGACCAGAUCCGCUUUACUUCCACGGUAAUUUUUUUAAACUUGUGAUGUUUUUGCUCUCAUUUUGUAAAGCAGCAGUAAAUAUUCCUGUUUUUUAAACGUGAAACAAAUGAAGGAGCUCAUAUAGCCUUCCAGCUGUCUUAUUUAACGAGAGGUGGCCCCGCCCCUUCACUGGGCAAGACAAACCAGCUAAGUGUAAAUCACUGUAAACAGGUAAAAGCACCUGAAGGGGAAAGAUUCAAAUAAAAGCUUUUCCUGGUUCUGAAAUGUAUGUGGAGGCUUUUAUCUUAGGUUGGUACAAUAUGUGAUGAAGUGUAGCCUAUGUAGUCACAAUUAUUGAAUGUAAUUAAAUAGAAUUUUAAAGACAAAUUGUAAAAUAUUGAAACAAUUCCCAGUAUUGUCCAUGUGGAUUCUCAUUCAUCCAGGUUAUGGUUUUCUUGAAGACUCCAAAAUCAGGCAACUGGACCGUGUAGAGCUGAGAAGACGUUUUGCCUCUUAUCCAAGAAGCUUCUUCAGUUCUAAUUAUUGCUAGUGUGAGGAGCAGAUAUUUAUCUUACUGGAGAAGGGGACAGACAACGACUGGGAGGAGUUGGAAAGGAUGGGUUGUAGAAACCCAUCUCCGGGUGUUCCCCGUCGACCCCUGUCAUACACCACAUUACUCUGUUUAUGACCACACCACAAUACUCUGUUUAUGACCACAUGACCCAGGUGGCAUGAGUCAUGUGAUCAUAAACAGAGUAAUGUGGUGUAUGCUGUCCAGUGCAGCGAGGAAUGCUCGGACCUGUAAAUCGGGGAAACUAAACAUCCGCUUCACAAGCGCAUCUUGUCUUCUCAACUCUACACAGUCCAGUUGCCUGAUUUUGGAGUCUUCAAGAAUUCCAAAUAUUCAGUGUUUACUAGUGUUUCAGUUGACGGCAAUGAGUAUCAUCUUUUCAGAAACAAAAGUUUAGUUCAGACAGAAACACUGGUUGUAUGAAUCCAUCCAAUCUUGUUUUGAUUUUAAACAGAACUACAGUGCACAUACAUAAACUUAAUUCUGUUUCCUCUCAGCAUGUGGAUAAGAAACCCUUUCUACUGCUUGAAAUGAUGAUGGGUUUGCCACUACAAUGAGUUAAUUAAGAAGGACAUUUAGCUUAAUAAUAGCUUUAUAAUUAUGAUUAAACUAUUAUGCAAUAAUUAUAGCUCGAUAAUUAUAAUUAAAGAUUUUAGGACAAACCUGACAGGAGAUGAUCCUCUGCACAGGUCAAAGCUUUCUACGUGGAUCAGUGGUAUACACGCAGUGGCCCUAGACCACCGCCCGUCCAGCGUGGUGCAGCUAGUCCACAGAAUGACCAGAAUAUCAUCUCUGGAGAUGAAGCACAAACAGGAGUUCGAGCUCGGAGGAGACUGGCCUGUCUUCUGAAGGACAGCCUGAGGGGAAACAGGUAAAAAGACAACAUUAGUAGAGAUAUAUUGAUCUGAUUUUCUGCUCACUUUAGCUUUUCUUUGGGUGUAUAAUGUUUUAAUCACAGCUUUUCAAUUAUCCCUUAAAAUGAACAGUCCUCUUCUUUUUACUCUUAUCUGUCAUGGUCCCUGGCAUUAGUUUCUCUACAAUCCAAGAAAAACAGAAUAUAUUCAAGGGGCCAAACUCUGAAUUUAGCUCUUGGUUUCUUUAAUCACACCCACUUGGAUAUAAUGUACCAUAAAAUUUUGUCUUUGCACCCACAGGGCCCACUUCAUCUCUGACAAACGUGGGAUCUGCAUCAGCUCAGACCAUCAGUUUGACAAUGGCACCCUCUGCUUGCAUGUGGAUGAGACUUGUGAGGUAUUGAUUUUAUUGAAAUCAGGUGCCUGAUCAGAUGAACUUCAUGCUGUUUUUGUAACAAAUGUAAGGCGCCACUGCACAUAUCCCUUUUUUUCUUUCUUUCUAAACAGUACACAGUGAAUCUGAAAGUGCAAAACAUUGGAUCAGAACCUGUGUAUUUCACCUACUACACCCCGCUGCACUGGCUCAGAUACUUCACACUGAAAGAUGAGAAAAAAGUAACCAAGACAAACCCUCUGUGUCUUCAACCAGGUAAUUUAAACUGAGACAUUAAUGUCUUUAGAGAUCAAUAAUGGACAAAGUUAUUCAACAAGAUAAAAUGAUAGAAAUAACCUUCAUUUAUACAGAAAACAUGCUAACCAUUUUGUUGUUUUCGUGUUUGCAGGUCACAGCUAUGACAUCCAGGUUAUUUUCUCCUCCAGUUUAGUCGGCUUCUAUCCAGCUGCACUCGCAUUUGAAUUCAAACCAGAUAUUCUGCCUUCCACUGCUGCCUUCCACAUCGUGCGCUACAUUCAAGCUCAGUGCAUAACUGCCUUGGGACUAGAGCUGGCACCAAUAGCCCCCUACAAACCUCGCGCGCUUCCUGCUUGGACUCCAGCAGUUGAUUACACCAUCGUGGAUGGACAGCGACCUGAGGGGUAGGACUGUUCGCUCAACAGUUAGAUGCUGUAAAUUUUUGUGUGAUGUUUCUAACCUUGUGCAUCGGAUCUCUUUUUCCAGCCUGUCAGUGAUGCAGCUGAAAAAUGUGGUUGAGCUGAAUCAGUACCGAAUCCCAGCGUAUUUGGACCAACUAAUCAAGUCACUGAAGCAAACUUCUUUCUCCUCCGAUAGAAGGUAAAUUCAGUUCAGUCAUUUCCUAGUUUAGGUUGGUAGUGAAGGAAAGGACAUGUUUUAUGAAUACCUACACUUACUGAAAGGUUUUCAAGUUCUUGUUGUUCUGAGAAUGUUUUAUCUUCUUUGAUCGAUCCAGAAAGAGCGUACUGGAGAAUGACUUAAACUGGGAGAGCUACUGUGAGAAGUUUCAGCUGCUGCUGUUCCUGGAAGAGCAACAGAUGGAGGUCGACAUCAAGAGAUACAACAUUCCCAAUGACGACAAGGAAUUCGCCACCAUGACUCGUGAUCACAUCAACAAGAAUCUUCUUGUACUUGAGGUCAAUAUUUGACUCACCCACAAAAUCAGUCAUCUUCAGACUUUCUUUGACUUGCAGGAGGAGAUGUGUUAAUCUUUAAUACUUGGCAACACUACAAAAAGAACCUCAACUUGCAGUAUUUAUUCAUGCAUAUUUAUUAAUACAUGUUCACCUGGCAGGUUCCUGGUGUCUCUGAGAACCGCCCAUCUGUGCUCAGAGGGGAUGCACUGUUGGCCUAUCCUGUCGGAGAAUCAAAGGUGAAGUACAGGGGCUACGUCCACAGUGUGCAGUUGGACAGUGUCAAACUCGGCUUCAGCUCAGAGUAAGCCAUCACGUUACUUUAAUACACAAAUAUAUCCUCAUUUCUUUAAGUGCUACUGAACAUUUUUGUAACCGAGAUUCACACAGUUUGGAUUUUUUUUUUUGCAGGUUGAUGUCUCGUUUUAUAGACGGCAUGAAGUUCCAUAUAGAGUUCACCGUAAACCGCCUGACUGUGCGCGUUCAGCACAGAGCAGCAGAGUUGGCAGCUAAAUACAACCUGAGAAAUGUGUUGUUCCCUUCUGCAGGCAGCCUCUCCUCCCUGCAACCUGAGCUUCCCCGGUUAAGGUGAAUCAUACUAAUGUUCUGUACCAUUGUAAACUCCUUAUUAAUUGAAUGUAAUGAGUCAGCUUGCAUAGAUGUCUGUGGGUCCAAAUAUUUCUGCAGGAUUGAGGAAAGAAGUGGUUUGAGGUGCUACAAGUUUCCACCAGCUUACAUAGACACUUCAAACUGCACGAAUGACUACUUAUUGGUCUUAUUGUGGAUAAACUCCAAACAGAGCUGUAUUGUUGGAUUAAACUCCAAUAAAUAAGCAGAACAAGAGUUAUACUUUCUCAUUUGUAAGGUAAAACUUUUGAUAUUUAAAGCUUUGGCCCAACACUAGGUACCUGGAUGAUAGUAUUUGAUUUGAUUGCUUAUACUAGGGCUGGGCGAUAUGGCCUCAAAUCAAUAUCACAAUAAAUUGAGCAGUUUAAUUCGAUAAUGAUAAAUGGACGAUAACUAAUCCACAAACUGCUCACCACCUCCCACAUUGACUUCAUCUACCUCAGCCGCCUCUCCAGCCGUUACAACUUUUGAACCGCCCUCCAUCUCCUCACCUGUCUUUCCCCCCUUUGUUAAGGACCAGAUGGGGUGGAGUCAUGUCCCCAACGUAGGACAGCGUCUUUAUGGGACAUGAGACCAUAGCCUACCUACACACAUCCAAAACCAACUUUUAUUUAUUUAUUUAUUUAUUUUAUGGCACCGAAUAUACCGACAUAGGCAAAAUGAUGUUGGUUAUUGUCGUAAAUUUCAGUAUCUGCAACUUUUCGAUUUAUCGCCCAGCCCUAGCUCAUACAUGUAAUGACAACCUUUGACCAAGCUCUGACAUCAUAGUCCCUCCCUCCCUCUGAUAGGCUGUUUGACUCAAAGCUGGAGAGAAACCCAGAGCAGUACAAGGCUGUGCAACACAUUGUUGCAGGCUCAUCCAAACCGGCCCCUUAUCUGGUGUUUGGCCCACCUGGAACAGGUACGGCGAUUAAUUAUCUGCAUAUCAGUCUCUCAGUAUUCAAUGCAGACGCACUGUUUUAGCUCUCAAGGUUUGAUCUGCAAUGCUACCAAACUCCUUCUCUUCAGGGAAAACUGUGACUGUGGUGGAGGCCAUCAAGCAGAUAGAGAAGAGAGAUGCCUCCUGUCACAUUCUGGCCUGUGCUCCCUCUAACAGCGCUGCAGAUCUGCUGUGCAAGAAGAUCCUGGAUCAUGUGGACAGGAAUAAAGUGUACCGCAUGUACGCCAGCAGCAGGGAUCCACGUUAUGUCCCAGACGAGAUAAAGGUCUGUGCAGAUGUAUUUGCUGCAUCAAGUUUGUUUCAGCAGUUGCAUUACACCCCCCUAGUGGACUUGGGGAGAAUAACAUGAAAGGCAAAAUGAACCAAGCUGCCGCACUUGCUUUUAGGUUGCAUUACCUGUUUCGUAUGAUUUGAAUACUUUUGUAUUAUUAAGCCUCACAGAGUUUGUGUGCAUGAACACUGUUGUGCUUUUACAGGACUGCACUAACCUGGUUGGAGAGUGUUAUGUUUUUCCUGCUAAAGAGAAGCUGAUGGAGUAUAAGAUCAUGGUCACCACUCUGUUAACCGCUGGAAGGUAGACUGACAGUAGAGUUUGUUUAAUCUGCAUGACACUAAGAAAAUCUGUGACAACAUGCUAUUUGGAGACGUUUUUAUUUUUAUUACUAACUGUCAGUUCUUUUAAUGAUCUCCUGUGGCAUUAAAAUCUGUUUUACCCUCUGAUGCCUGCAGGCUAAUCUCAGGAUCCAUCCCAGCUGGUCAUUUCACUCACGUGUUUGUGGAUGAAGCAGGACAUGCUAUCGAGACUGAAUGUAUCGUCCCUCUUGCAGGUGAAGACAACCAAAGAACAGACCUUCUUUGAUGACUGAGCAGAGCUUUUAAGUGUUAAUUAAUAUUUUCUUAUCUCUGGGAAAUAGGGCUACUCUGUGCAGAGUCUGGUCAUGUUGUUCUUGCUGGAGAUCCCAAGCAGCUGGGGCCCAUUCUCAGAUCCCCCUUUGCUCAAAAAUAUGGCAUGGGUGAGAACAGCUGACUUAAUCAUUUAGUCUUGUUAGUAAUGCACUUUUAAAAAAGACAUACUCAGUUUUCACGGGUGUUAUAGUCUUGGGGUUUAAAGGCUCUUUUUGCUGCAGGGGUUUCCCUUCUGGAGCGACUGAUGAAUAACUUCCCUCUGUACCAGAAAGUCGAGGUUGUGUUUGACAACCGAUUUGUCACCAAGCUGCUGCUCAACUACAGGUGAGAUAGUAGAGACGGUUAUGGAUCAUACUCUGAUAAUAUAUAUGUAUUUUUUGUUCUUCAAUCUCUGAUUUUUCUUCCUGUCCUAUCUUUCUCCUUCUUCAGGUCCCAUCCUGCCAUCCUGGAAAUUCCCAAUGAGCUCUUCUAUGAUGGAGAGUUGCAGGUUUGCGCGGAUGAAAUGUUGCGCAACUCCUACUGCAGAUGGCCAUACCUCCCAACGAAGGUAAUGAUGCUCCUUUAGCACAUGCAUGUGAAACUGAUUCUUUAGGAGUCAGAGACGGAAAAGUUUAAACUGAUACAGCUUCUGCAGCUUAAUCCGCAGUUACUUUUUUCCUGCGUACUUUAAAGUUGCCAUUUUUAUUUUAAGAGAAUUGAAACAAUAAGAUUGAACACUUUAGUGUAUCAACGGAAAUUAGGUUUGUGACUUUAGACCUGUAAAAGUUAAAAAUCCUGCCUAGAUACCAGGGAAAAUAUUAUUUCCACAUCACUGCCGAACAGUUUUAUGACAAGUUUUAUAAAAAAUAUGUCGUUUUUUCUAAUAUUCUAAAAGUUUAAGUGCAUCUUAAAUAUCUUACAGGACUUCCCUGUGAUCUUCCAUGGUGUGACGGGUGUCGAUGCACGUGAAGCAAGCAGUCCUUCAUUCUUCAACGUUGCGGAGGUGGAGGUGCUCAUGAGCUAUGUGAGGAAACUGCUGGAGACACAGGGCAAGAGUCAGGGCACACUUGCACCCAGAGACAUAGGCAUCAUCGCCCCCUACAGGAAACAGGUCAGAAUGAAUUUAAGUGACACAGUUAAAUAGCAGAGCUCGUUGUUUCUAUGUACAUGAAUAUUGAAACUGUUAUCUCUGGCUGUAACACAGGUGCAGAAAAUCCGAAGGGCUCUGGAAAAAGUUGGGAAGGACUUCAAAUUUAAGGACAUGAAUGGCCUUAAGGUGACAGAAUAUUCAUGAACAAGUAAUGUGAUACAGCAGGAGUAGUUCUGAAGUCUAAAUUGAUGUAUUUGUGUCAGGUUGGUUCUGUGGAAGAGUUCCAGGGUCAGGAAAGGAAAGUGAUGUUGGUGUCUACAGUCCGCAGCAGCCCUGAUUACGUGGAGAUUGACCAAAAGUUCAACCUCGGCUUUGUGAAGAACGAGAAGGUCAGCUUAAAUUAUGACAUAACAAAUGCCAUCACUCUUUCUGAUACAUUAAACACAUUAUUCUGACACUCUGCUGUUUUGUUCAGAGAUUCAAUGUAGCCGUGACUCGAGCCAAAGCUCUGCUGAUCGUAGUGGGAAAUCCACGAGUGCUGAACACAGAUCCCACCUGGGCCCGGUAUGUGUCAUACGACUAACAUAAAAACAGAAACACGAAUUGAAAUUUAAAGUUUAAGAGUUUUAGACAUUUUUUUUUUAUCUGUGUGUGUCUCCAGGUUCAUCCAGUACUGCCAAGAUGAAGGAGGCUACACUGGGUUUGUCCCCUCAGAGGAAGAGGAGGAUGUCGUGACAAGACUUGCUGCCCUCUACAUUGAGAUUGAGGCUCAAGGUAACAGACCCAGAUCCUUGUUUUGAUUUAUUCUCUCUUUGAAUUGAUGUUAAAAUUUUUCUGUCUUCUUUUUGAUUAAAUUUUCUUGCUAGUGGUGACUGCUGAGAGUGUCGUUCAGCGGCACCUGGACCCUGAGUGGAGAAGUGACCUUUGAGUGAAGGGAACUCAGACUUCAAUCCAGAGCACUUGAAGGGAUUCAUCUUGCUCUAUAUUGAGUAUAUUUCUAUCCUGGAGGCUUGAGGAAAAAGUUUCCAAAUACUUUCUACACUUUUCAAACUCCCAGAAAAGGCUUUAAAAGGAACUUGUAGACACUGUCAGUUUUAUUUGUCCUCUAAGAAGAUUGUAAAUAUUAGCUUAAUCACAGCUCUUUUUAAUGUCAGCUACAUGAAGUUAACCAAAGAUGCCGAAUGUCAGGGAGGUAAAACAUGUUUGGAGCAGUUUGUCUUCAGCUACCUCAGUGAUUUGUACCAUAAACACUUUUGUGACAGCAGCAAACCUAAUUAUUCAGAGACAGUACAUUUGCUUCAACUAAAUUCUUUCUUCUUAUAUAUUUGUAUAUUACCAACAGAGAAUAUGGUGUCAGGUUUAUUAUGUUAUGCAACUGAAACUCUUUUCACACAGGCACUGCACUACUGAAUUUCCUAACUGUGAACAUUGAUAUUUACAUUUUUAAACCAACUUUAUCAGCCCUUUUCCUGCCAGCGCACUAGUAAACACCUGUCAGAGGUCAGGGUGAGCUGAUGUGAGAGCAUGUAACAGUUGGAAAAUUUCACCCCUCCUGAGGUGUGCAGGACAACGGCAUCGUUCACACUGAGACAAGUUUAUCUGCUCAGUAGUCCUGAUAUUUUCAUACGUCUUGUACAGUUGUGAGUAUCGAGGACACAUCCUAACAAAUGUCAGAGCCAAACUGAGCACAUUGCAUCUGUGAGGUGCGUUUUUGAGUUGCAAAUUCAUGAAAUAUAAGGACCGAAGAAUCUCAGCAGUUACCUAGAAAAUGUGAGGAGUCUGUGUGAAAGUGGCCUUAAAAUACCUGAAUCUGUUCUACCAGCAUCAAUAUCACAUUCACCUAGUUAUGUUGUUGUUUCUUUUUUCAAGUUCAGCAGUAUUUGAAGUCUUCACAUUCCUGUAAGAUUAUCACGUUUAAUAUAAGAUUUUUAAUGGCAUCUACUAAAUUAAAAAUCACCAAGAUCAGUUUCAACCACUGUAUUUGUGUUAAAACCAUAGAGUGUAUAUAGAAUGGACGCCGUCUGCCUCCUCGAUGGGUGAAGCUACCACGAGAACAGCACCUUCUGGUGACGGGCUGCAGUAUAGGUCAUAAAUCCCGCCUCCUCCAGCAAUCCCUAUGGGGCUGUGGACAAACUUUAGAAACUUAUUACACAGAAUAUAAACCUUUCUCCCCCCUGGCUGCAAUGUUGACAUGUAGUUAUUGUAAGACUGGUUUGUGCUCAAGUCCUCUUUUUUUCUGUACAGCUCCGUUUUUAAAAGUUAUUAGGGGGUUCAUGUUUUCUAUGAUUGACACUUGAUACAGCCUGUGGACAUACAAAGUUUACGUAGCUCACCCGGGGGAUACGUCGCUUGAACCCAGUGUCAUCAUAGCGACUCUCCCGCCGUAUGCGUACAACGCUAAAGCGCAACGUUGGUUUCAGGAAGUGGAGAAAAAAAUGCGGAAAUACCGAAAGAAAUUCGGCUUCAAAUUCGUGUAAUGUCGGAAGGUGGAGCCAAAUUGUCCAUAGUAUAUACAGUCUAUGGUUAAAACAAACUAUUAUAAAACAUCAAAAGAAGGCACAGUAAAUGUCUAAACCUUUGUUGUUAUACUAGACAAACCUGAGCUGGAAAUUGUUUGAAUCAUUUGUUGUUUUUUUGUCUCAGAUAUUUUAUGAAGUUGUCGUUUUGAUGGAUAUAAAAUGAAUCCAAAUGCACUAAAAAUAAAUUAAAAAGCAUCUCAAAUGUGGGUUAUGUUUCCGGAAGCACUCCAAGUUACAUUUCUGUAGUAUUUCAAAAAUACUUUAUUAACAUGUUUGUCUCAUUCAGACAUUCAACACACCUCACCCCUGUUUGAAAAGUGUCAUCAACAUUUUCUCUUCAACUAAUGUGUUUCAACAUAACAAAGAGGCACUGUGCAGGAUUAGCCCAAGCUGACAACAUUCAGAUCACUCUGGAUCUUAAGAGAAAAGCUCACCACAGAUGUAGCUUAUGAUGGUGGUAAGAUCAAUGCUGGAACCGUCGAGUCUGCUCCGAUACUGUUUGUUCAGGGCUCAAACACGAGCAUGGCCUAUUUUAUUGUACAUACCACAUCACAGACACACACACCAACUGCUUUAGAGGACUACCUGGAAGACGAUGAACUUCCUUCGAUGAUUCUGACACAAGAACACAAAUGGAAAUGACUGUUUUAAACUAUUUUGGCCAUAAAGUCUGCUCUCUGGGGUUUCUGUCUUUUUGUUCACGUCACCUGUUAAUAAAGAAAACUAAGCAUUUCGCUGCAGAUGUUUAAGGUAAAUACACACUCUGUUACUUGAGUUUUAAAGGCUACUAAUCUAGCACUGCACUCAGAUAUUCAAGCUUUCCAAACAUCUUUCAAGGAAUGUUCCUACUGUGCCAAUUAAAGGCCUGAUACACAGUUAAAGCCCUGAUUUGAACUCGGAGAGAAAACCUAGUAAACUGACUGAAGAGACUGCAUCUGGGUUAAAACAUCAAGCAGUCAAUAAAGAUGUCAGCUGGAUUUUUGGACCUGUUAUUUGCUUGAAAAUAAAUGUGGAUGCACUUGGCGUGCGUCUAUUAUGUUCCCGUUGUGCACAAACCCUUAGAAAACCGAAAGCACAGCGACACAUUAUGACUGCAUACUGGAUGUGCACCAGCUGUGCAGAGUUCAGACAGGAGGCGGAUGGUUACGUAUUGCUGAGAGGCGAGUCUGUCAGGUUCAGUGCGAGUGUGACAGAAUUCUAUGUGACAAUAGACCUCUGUCUCCAGUGCCAGUUUAAGCCAUCUCCGUGGGAGGGAGAUGGAGGUGCAGUCCAAACCUCUCCACACUGGCAGUGUGCGGUGCAGCAGUUAUUAUGGGUUUCAGUGGAUUUUCAAAGUGAACCGAGCCAAAAUUAACCCCAUCAUGUCAGAUGAGACAUGAUGAAGAGGAAGAGGAAGAAGCUAUGGUGACUCAGCAUUUUAAGUGAGAAGACCUUUAAAGGUUUCAAGGUAAAAAUGAACCAAAAUGUAGAUGGAUCAUUGAUGAAGAUAUAGUGAUAACACUUGUGUAAUAAUAUUAAUGUUGAAAACCGUUAAUGCAAAACUAAAAAUUCACUUGAGGCUGAGAGCGGAGAAGAAGACAGCGAGCAGACGUGCGAUAAAAACCCCUUCUCUGUAAACAAUCACGACAAAGAGGCGGAUGCAUGAUAUAUUUGUAAAGUAUAUGCACAUAUAAAUACAAACAUACAUUCGUAUUGGAAGAGGGGGCGGGUCCUUCACUCAUACAGGCUGGUGUGCUGGUGCAGAAAAAGGAAACAGAAAACCUCAGAAAUUAAACCUUGUGUGGGAAGUAAAGGAAAUUAACUUUUUCAAAGAAGGAGGAUUUGUUUUGCUUUUAAACAGGCGUGUCAGUCUCAUAUUCUCCUGUGGUGUUUCUGCAUCUGUGAAUUAAGUAUAGUCCACGGAAGCCAUUGAUUUUAAGGUUUCUCUUAAGUUUGCCGUUUGUGGAAAGAAGGGAGUCCACCCUCAGGAGCUGACUGGGCCACAAACCCCGCCCCCCUCACAGUAACUGGCAGCCGCCCCUCUUCUUGCGUUUGCGGACCUGCAGUGCUGCUCUGGUGGCCAUCUCGAACACCUCCCUCACACCGUCCUUGGUCUUGGCCGAGCACUCCAGGUAGCCAAAGGCACUGAUGCGGUUGGCCAUGUCUCGAGCCUCCUCGGCCUUAACAGGCUCCUAAAAGUCCAGAACACAAACACUGGGUUGAAAUGAUGCGAUGGAUCUAAAAAUUAGAGUCCGAUUGGUUAACCUUACACUUGACAGAGUCACUGCGAGGUAAUCGCACAAGCCAAACAUUAUCAUAACAGGUGAGAUUGGUUGAAAGGUUGACAGAAAUUUUAUUGAUCCUGUGAGGGGCAAUUCUUUUUGCAGGAAGCAGUAAUAAGAGAGAAGUACAAUAAAAAAAAAACACAUAGUAAACACUCAUUCACAUAUUAAUAGAUGGUGCACAGAUUUUGAGGAUGGCAAGUCUCAACAAGUUGUUGAUAAAACCAAUGGUCACAGGGACAAAGGAAUUCGUAUGCCUGUUGGUUCUGCACUUCGGUACGGUGUACUGGUGACCAAAAGGAAGAAGUUAUACCCAACGUGUAGCGGGUGGCUGGGGUUGGCCAGUAUGGCUCUGUACAGGGCUGACAGGUCCGCAAAGUGAACUCCAGCAUCUUGCUGCAAACUUUUGUGAUUCUGUUCAGUUUUUUUUAGCCUUUAUAGUGAGGGAUCCAAACCAGCAGAAUAAAACAUUUUCAUAAAAGAGGAAUCCACAUUAAAACAUCUCAAUUUACGAUAAAAAUAAAUGCGCUGGUGGACCUUAGCACACACCUCAUCAGUGUUUGACAAAUUGUCAGAUUGCGGUCAAGAAUAGUGCCCAGAUACCCAAAUAUUUAUACUGUGUAACAGUUUUGACCCCCUGACCAUGGAUAAAAACAGGGUAAGAGGGUGAGAUCUUCUUUCUAAAAUCAAUGAUCAUUUCUUUAGUUUUAGUUUAUUACAUUAUAUAUGUAAUGAAAACGGAUAACAAUAACAAAACAAAAUAUAUGUCAGGCAAAAAAAGAGAUAUCACCAUGUAUGGUCCAAUCUACUGGUUUACAAAGUGGGGGAGUGACUGUCCACGCAUACCUGUUUCAUCUUGGCCAGCUCUCGGCGUGUGUGCUCAUCAUUUCUCAGGUCUUUCUUGUUGCCCACGAGGAUGAUUGGGACGUUGGGACAGAAGUGUUUUACUUCAGGCGUCCAUUUCUCAGGAAUGUUCUCUGCAAGAAUGGAAAAAAAAAAUUCAAGAGUUUGUCUCUGCGCAGAAAGUUCCUGACUUUACUCCCUACAAGGACAGUUGGGAGAGGCCAAUACUGUUCCCUCGUGACUGUACAGACAUAAACAUUCAGGGGUUACUGACCCCUCCCUGAAACAUGGUCCACUCGCCAAAAUCUGUGCUGUCUAGAGGGAGAUGCCAUGCUGUGAUAGAGGAGGAAAACCAUCUGUGGCACUGCCCAGGUCAAAACACUGUGAGAGAGAGCCCUGAGGAUCGAGUCUAUCUAAACAAGACAUUUUCCUCAAGAGCGUGUGGACAUACUUCAGUAUUAGCUGCUCCCAGAAACUGCAGACAGAUUCUGAAGCUCCUAGACGACAUUAGGUUUGAUUAAAGGAAUACUUCCACAUUUUUUCAAAUUGUAAUAACUAAAUAUGGAAACCAAAAGAAUUUCAAAUAAAGAUGCGGAGAUUCAAAAGAGUAAAUUCAAAAGAGGUCGAGCAUUUGUUUUAUUUUGUUUUGUCACAACUUCUGAAUUAUUCAUUUAAAUUGUAACCAAGCAACAUCAUGCGUGGAACCACUAAAUUUACUUAAGCUGGUCAUUUACUCUUAAUAGUGCACUGCACACAGGCAGCUAACAGGACUGUAGUGACAGAUACCUUUGGUGCACUGGGGGACAAGCGCACCUUGAAGCAGAAAAUGUGCACAUUUAAUGAAAGACUUGCUAAACACAAGCAUGCAAAAAUUAGAUAAUUAAUAGAAAGUUGGUCUUUUCUGAUGAUUCCAACUUGUAGAGAUCAGCUUCAGCCAGGCUAAGUAGGUGAGCAGUAAAUCCAGACUUACCUAAACUGUCUGGACUAUCUAUGGAGAAACACAUGAGGAUGACGUCUGUGUCAGGGUAAGAUAGUGGCCUCAGUCUGUCAUAGUCUUCUUGACCUGCUGUGUCCCACAGCGCUAACUCCACCUGAAACAGAAAGAAACAAAGUCAAAAAACUGACUUUUCACUUCACAGUUAUCAAGAGGUAAGAAACAUAAAAGAAAAAAAGAAAAAAACAGCAUUUAAAAGAUUAAUUCCUCUCAAGCCUAAAAAGCUACUCCCAGAGGAGGACAGGAAUCCCACGGGCUUCUCUUAGGCUGUUAAACUUUAGUGCCUGACCUGCUCCAGAUAAAACAAACUCCUAAAAAGUAACUCGGCCUGAAACAGAGGUGGCAAACACACAACAGCUCCAUAAAGGACUGUCCUGUACUCAGUGGCCCAGAAGUGUCAUUGCAUGAAUACAUCAUGUGGCAUGUGUUCAAGCCUCUUAGAUUUGGUCUUGGUCCUCCACCCUGUUGACUUAACUGUACCGUAACCUCACCCACAUUACAAUCCCAGCUGGAAAACUGUGCCUCAUACAGACCCGAGUCAGUUUAAAUGGUUUUGAGUGUCCACCAGAGAGCAAGUGCAGUAUUCAGGGGAUUCAUCUGGACGUUUCUGAUGC